AUGUGUGGUAUCUUUGCUUACCUCAAUUACCUGACACCUGCAACACGCAGAGAAAUUUUGGACAUUCUCAUCACUGGAUUAAAACGAUUAGAAUACAGAGGCUAUGACUCUGCUGGAGUUGCAUAUGAAGAAGGCAUUAAUGGCAGUUCAAAAGGUGCCAUUAAAAUUAUCAAGAAGCCAGGAAAAGUGAUAAACCUUCAGGAAGAAAUUGACAAUGAUCCUAAAAUUGACUUCAAGGAAGUCACCAGUUGUCAUAUUGGAAUUGCACACACUCGUUGGGCCACACAUGGAGAACCAAGUGCUAUAAACAGUCACCCACAAAGAUCUGGGAGUAAUAAUGAAUUCAUUGUUGUUCACAAUGGAAUCAUCACUAACUACAAAGACAUAAAAUCUCUUUUGGAAACAAAAGGUUAUCAUUUUGAGUCUGAAACUGACACAGAAGUGAUUGCUAAACUGACAAAGCAUCUUUAUGAUAAACAUGCUGAACAAAAACUAAGUUUUCGUGAAAUUGUGGAAAUGGCCUGCCAACAAUUGGAAGGUGCUUAUGCGAUUGCCUUCAUGAGUACACUAUAUCCAGGUCAAUGUGUUGUGUCAAGACGUGCAAGUCCUCUGCUAAUUGGAAUCAAAAGUAGUGCCAAACUCACCACUGACAACAUUCCUGUCUUGUACAGCAAAGGUCAUAAAGAUCCCCCUUUGGAAGAUCACAGAGGUUAUAUUGAACCUCUUCAACGACCAUCAGACACCCUAACAGAAUUCCAUCCAACAGGACCAAACAAUGAAGUUGAAUAUUUUUUUGCCUCAGAUGCCAGUGCUAUAAUUGAACACACAAACAAAGUCAUUUUCCUGGAAGAUGAUGACGUUGCUGCAGUCACAGAUGGAUGCCUGACAAUCCACCGAAUGAAACGCAGUAUUGAUGACUCUACUGUCCGUGAAGUGACAACUCUGAAAAUGGAAAUUCAACAAAUCAUGAAAGGAAACUAUGAUUCUUUUAUGCAGAAAGAAAUUUUUGAACAACCAGAGUCUGUCGUGAACACAAUGCGAGGUCGAGUUAACUUUGACAGCAAUCAAGUGAUCCUUGGUGGCAUCAAAGACUUUAUGACAGAAAUUCGAAGGUGCCGACGUUUGCUGUUUAUUGCAUGUGGAACAAGCUACCACAGUGCUCUUGCCACUCGUCAACUCUUAGAAGAACUGACAGAACAACCUGUGAUGGUAGAAUUAGCCAGUGACUUUUUGGACCGAAGCACUCCUAUUUUCAGAGAUGAUGUUUGCUUUUUUAUUAGCCAAUCAGGAGAAACUGCUGACACACUAAUGGCUCUGCGUUAUUGUAAACAACGAGGUGCAUUAAUUGUUGGUAUAACUAAUACAGUCGGAAGUAGCAUUUGCCGUGAGUCUCACUGUGGUGUUCAUAUCAAUGCUGGCCCAGAAAUUGGUGUUGCCAGUACAAAAGCUUAUACUAGCCAGUUUAUUUCUUUGGUAAUGUUUGGUCUGAUGAUGUGUGAAGACAGAAUUUCUAUGCAGUCACGGAGGAAUGAAAUUAUCCAAGGUCUAAAGAAACUGCCUGAGGAUAUUAAAGAAGUGUUGAAGUUGGACCAAGAGAUCCGUGCACUUUCUGAAGAACUCUAUAAACAAAAAUCUCUUUUAGUCAUGGGACGUGGCUACAAUUUCUCUACUUGCUUGGAAGGAGCUCUGAAAAUCAAGGAAUUGACUUACAUGCAUUCAGAAGGAAUCAUGGCGGGUGAAUUAAAACAUGGUCCUCUUGCCCUUGUUGAUAAGGCCAUGCCCGUUAUGAUGAUAGUGACCAGAGAUAAAGUUUAUUCUAAAUGUAUGAAUGCUCUUCAACAAGUCAAAGCUAGACAUGGAGACCUGAUUGUCAUUUGCAACACUGGGGAUCGUGAAACCCAGAGCUAUGUGGACAAAUCCAUUGCAGUUCCUUGUACGAUUGACUGCCUUCAAGGCAUCCUCACCAUCAUUCCCCUGCAACUUCUCUCACUACACAUUGCUGAAAAGCGGAAAUGUGAUUCAUACUCUCUCGUGCACACCCCGUGUGCACCUCUUUCUCUCCCCCUCUCGUGCACCCCGUGUGCACCUCUUUCUCUCCCCCCUCCUCGUGCACCCUUUUCUCUCCCCCUCUCAUGCACCCCAUGUGCACCUCUUUCUCUCCCCCUCUCGUGCACCCCUUUCUCUCCCCCUCUCGUGCACCCCUUUCUCUCCCCCUCUCGUGCACCCCGUGUGCACCUCUUUCUCUCCCCCUCUCGUGCACCCCGUGUGCACCUCUUUCUCUCCCCCUCUCGUGCACCCCGUGUGCACCUCUUUCUCUUGCACAUCCCUGUGUCUCUCUCUCGCUCACACCCGUGUCUUUUUUUGCUGUGUGUGUGUACGUCUCUCUCUCUCUCUCUCUCUCUCCUUGUCUCUUUUUUGCUCUGUGUGUGUACGUGUGUGUGUGUGUGUGUCUCUCUCUCUCUCUCUAUCUCUCUCCUUGUCUCUUUUUUGCUCUGUGUGCUCUCUCUUCCUUUCUGUUUCUCCUCCUCUCAGAUUUUGAAUUUUUUUAAUAAAUGCAGUUUUAUACCAUCUUUGCUGUUAUAUGAACAACUUCUUAAACUACUCAAGCAAAGAGUGUUACUGUGGAAUAAGACGUGCAUUGGAACAAUACUGACCAACCACGACAUUUGCUGA